AUGAUAAGUACAAAACAAGACCGUGGUGAAUGCCCACAAGUUGAAUCAAUUGCUACUAGUAAUUCUACCAUUGAAGACACUGGAAAUAUACAUUCUCCAUUGAAAUCAACAACAUCUCGUUCUUCAGCGACUUCGACCGAUUCAGGAUGCGACGUGACGUAUAGAGUGGGCGUAGCUGAAAAUACCAAUUUAAAAUUCCGUCGAUCGAUGGAAGAUGUACAUACCUAUGUGAAGAACUUUGCAUCGCGAUUGGAUUGGGGUUAUUUUGCUAUAUUUGAUGGCCACGCAGGUAUCCAGGCUUCUGAAUGGUGUGGGUCUCAUUUACAUACAAUGAUUGAAAAGGAGAUAUUAGAAGAUGAAACUAAGGACAUCAGAGAAAUCUUAAACGAUUCAUUUGUACAAAUAGACAAACAAAUCAACACAAAACUGGAGGGAAAUAGUGGAUGUACAGCAGCAGUAUGUGUGUUACGUUGGGAAUUACCAGAUGAAAAUGAGCUGGAGAGUAAAGUAAUGUCGUUGGAUCAACACAAAAGGAAAUUAUACACAGCAAAUGUUGGUGAUUCACGAAUAGUGCUAUUCAGAAAUGGGAAUAGUAUAAGGUUGACAUAUGAUCAUAAAGCAUCUGAUAUUUUAGAGUUGCAAAGGGUCGAAGCUGCUGGCGGAUUAAUCAUGAAGAGUAGAGUAAAUGGUAUGUUAGCGGUGACAAGAUCCUUAGGUGACAAAUUCUUCGAUACGUUAGUGAUAGGUAAUCCAUUCACUACAAGUGUUGAAAUAACCACUGAAGAUAAGUUCCUUAUUAUUGCAUGUGAUGGUCUUUGGGACGUAAUAGACGACCAAGAAGCCUGUGAAUUGAUACAGGAUAUAGAUGACCCUGAUGAAGCUGCUAGCAUUUUAGUAAAAUACGCCUUAGACAAUGGGACUACAGACAAUAUAACUGUGAUGGUGGUUUUAUUAUCAUAA